AGAAUUCACGGAGAUCGCUCGUUUCAUUGUGAUGUCUGUGGUGUUUGUUUGGAUGUUCAACUUCGUGGAAAUCACAGAUGUCGCGCAGGGUCUGCACAUGACGAAUGCUGCAUUUGUUUAGAGGUAGUGUAUCAAUUUGAAGUUCUGAUUAGGAGUGAACGUUACAAUGAAAUGAAUAUCUGGAAUGGCGAAUUUUAUUACAUAUAAAUAUGCUAUAGACAUUUAGAUCUGAUACUAUAGUCUCUUUCUCUAUAUCUAUUUUGCUCAAUAUAUUCAAUAUAUUCUAAGCAAUGGUCAACACUAGAUAUUCUUACAUAUAUUUGUUCUCUAUAGGAUGCAUUCACAGGAUGUCAGAUCUUACCUUGUUCACACAAAGUCCAUAAAGAAUGCGCGACUCAGAUGAUCAGAAGUGGAAUGUGAGUGAGAUGCACUCUGAAUUUUGAUCAUUAUUUGAUUUUAUAGAACAUACCAUAUACACACGCAAAUUUCGACUCCUAAAGUAUUUGUUUUCUACAUUGUAGAACGCGUUGUCCGAUAUGUCGGGAAAGUUUUGCGCAUAAAUUGGAAAGAAGACCUCAUCCUUCAAAGAAACCACCUUGAGAAAAAGAAUAAGUUAUGGACUAUGUAUGGCGUGGUAGAUAGAACAAAUCGAUGAUUGUAUUUUAGAUGUCAGAUCAUGUGCACAUUUAAUACGAUGACUCUGCACGUUUAACAUGAUUAUACAGUGUGCAUUUAAUAUGAUAAUGAUACUGAUAGCCUUUCUUUGAUUAGGUACACGUUUUAAUUAGGCUAAUUAUGUGCAAUAUUAAUGCUAUGCGCCUUUGAUUUGACGAUUGUACACCUUUGUUUUGAUCAAACGUAACCAUCUAACGCUCUGAUCUUGAAAACACAAAUUCAUUUCUCUGUCAUUUCAAUGAGUGAAAUUCAGAACGUAAUUAACGAGUUGGUUCAACUUCGUGCGAGUUUCCUAGAAACAGAAAGUCAACAUGACAUAACUUCGACGAUGCACAGCGUUCGAUUUCGGUAACCUACCUUUGCAAACUGUCUAUAAAUCACAAUCACAAUCCGAUCCAGGUCUUGAUAUGUAAGCUCAGAACAAUGCACUGUCUGCACACCUACCAGACCUAAGUUGUACUCGGUCAUCCGUCUAAUAAUAGUGCGAGUCGAGACGCCAAGCAUUCUUGAUAUUAAAGUACGUCUUGUUGAAUCCAUUGACAGAAAGAAUUCCUAUUAUCUCGGCAGAGAAACUUCCUAAACUAAGCUAAGAAAUUUCCCAAUGCUGAAGUAGUUAUUGUUUCUCCCAAAAUACUCACGCAUAUCAUAUUAAAUGCACACUGUAAUCAUAUUAAACCCCUAAUCGUAUUAAAUGUGCACAGUCAUGACCAUCUAAUCGACAAAUUAUCAAUUUGUCCUAUCUACCGCGCCAUAUAACUAUGUAAAUAGUGUAUAUCGUCAUAUACUCUGUUGCAAAUAGCUGCAGAUUUCAUGGCAUGAUUUUGCCAAAUUAGUUGAGCCAUAGUCCAGCUCGUAUAUAAACAGAUUCCUAAUCGUUCUAUUCUAAUUUUGAUAUUGCACUCAUAGUUUAGUUUUGUUAUUGUGUUUUUUGCGUGGACAAAGAACAUGCACGAACCAUUAUCGAUUAAGAUUUAGUCUUCAAUGUAUGUUCUGUUUAGAAUUGCACGCAGGUUUUGGGGAUAUUUAAAUGGCUAUUUACUAAACUUUCAAUCAGGGGCGUCGGAGCAGCUCUAAAA